CAGGAGAUUAUUCAAACCAGACUCUUAAAAAAACUCUCCACUGCACUGAAAGCCUAUGUCCACCAGUGUAAAUAAGCAACAGUGCAUGCAGACUCCCUCUUGCACACCAUGCCUGCGCUUUAUCGGAUACUUCUACUGUUCUCUGUGGUAAUAGCCUCUAUGGCACUGCAGAGGCCUCCACGAACUAAGAGAGGGCUACUGGAGCUGGCAGGAGUCAUCAAGUGCAGCACAGGCAGAUCAGCCCUGGCUUAUAUGAUGUAUGGCUGCUACUGUGGACUGGGGGGUCAGGGCUGGCCCAGGGAUAAAGCAGACUGGUGCUGUCACAAACAUGACUGCUGCUACGGCGAUGCAGAAAUUGCUGGUUGCCGAACCAAGACAAGAAAGUAUCAAUGGACAUGUGAAGACAGAACUGCAGAAUGUGAUGAUCUCAAGGACAAAUGUGAGAAGAUUCUCUGCAAAUGUGACAGGGAGGCAGCCAAAUGCUUGAGAAAGGCACCUUUCAUACGGAAAUAUGCUAUGUGGCCAGACUUUCUCUGUGGGUGUACACUGCCAACAUGUAAUAUCUACUGAUUCAAUAAAUGUACACUUGUUGAUUUUUA